AUGACAGGUGGCUAUGGCAUUGCUGCCCGUGGUAGAUACAGAGUAGGGAAAGUAAUGAAGCUGGAAUGGUCCCGUGAGCUUGGAGCGUCGAGAGGAGGCUUGUUUGGCUACUGUCACAUGUCAAAGCGCCACUUUCGCGACGACCCCUACUGGGUGACGUCGACAAACACCAAAUAUUUGUUCCGACAAAUCCAUGACUCCUCAUCCAAUCAACCAUUUCGAAUGAUGCCUUUCGAUAUAUCAAAAUGCGCUCGGCCUAAUAUCCUCGCUUUAGAACCCUACCGCUGCGCUCGAGAUGACUACAAAGACGAUGGCACAAACAUCCUCCUCGACGCCAAUGAAAAUGCAUACGGGCCUGGACUGGCAUUAAGCUCAGAUGGCAAACUUGUCAAUGGCGCGAACAAAUCCGACAUCUCGAUCGAUUUGCUAGGAUUGAACCGCUAUCCAGACCCACAUCAACAUGAACUCAAGCAACUCUUAUGUGAUUUUCGUAAUACCCACGCCCACACGAACAAGGAUCUCUCGCCGGAACACCUUUUCGUAGGCGUCGGCAGCGAUGAAGCGAUAGACGCCCUCCUCCGCGCGUUCUGCACACCAGGCAAAGACAAAGUACUCACAUGUCCGCCCACGUACGGCAUGUACGCCGUCUCGGCUCAAGUCAACGAUGUCGAGGUCGUGAAAGCCACCUUGGACGUCAACAAUAAUUUCUCCAUUCAAGCAGACAAGAUCAAUGUGCGCUUGUCGGCCGAUCCCCAGAUCAAGCUCAUCUACCUCUGCUCUCCCGGCAAUCCUACAGCGAGUCUGGUACAGAAAGAAGAUGUUCAGAAAAUCCUGGAACAUCCCUCCUGGAACGGGAUAGUAGUGCUAGAUGAAGCUUACAUCGAUUUCGCUCCCGACGGUACGAGCUUAGCGGAAUGGGUCCUCGAGUGGCCGAACCUCGUGGUCAUGCAAACGAUGUCUAAGGCUUUUGGACUUGCGGGCAUCAGACUUGGAGCUGUCUUUGCGAGUGAGGAAGUGGCGAGGGUGCUGAAUAAUAUGAAGGCACCUUACAAUAUCCCAAAUCCAACGUCUCAGCUGGCGGUCCAGGCGCUGCAGCCGCAUAAUUUGCAGGUCAUGCGAGAGAAUAGGGCGAAGAUCAUUGAACAGCGAGAUCGAAUGUUGAAGGCUAUGCCAAAGGUACCGGGUAUCGGUUGCUUCCUUGGUGGUCGCGCCUCGAAUUUCCUUCUUGUCGAGAUGCUGGACAAGCCGAAUGGCAGACCCAGCAACGAAGUCGCGCUACAAGUCUACGAGCGGUUGGCUGAAACGAGAGGGGUUGUGGUGAGGUUUCGAGGCAAGGAGCCGGGGUGUCUUGGGUGUUUACGUGUUACUGUAGGCACGAAGGAUGAAGUUACGAGGUUCCUGCAGGAAAUCAAGAGUGUGCUGGCGGAUGUGUAUGCUGGCAAGGGCAAGGUAAAUGGUGUCAAUGGGAAGAUCGAGGACAGAAAGGAAGUCGAGGCGAAUGGUAUUAUUGCUUGA